AUGAGUAAAGGCUAAGCUUUUGACUACUUGAUCAAGCUAAUCUUGAUUGGAGACUCAGGUGUGGGUAAAACUUGCUUCCUUUUGAGAUUUGCUGAUGACAAUUUCACUUCAUCUCAUAUUUCAACCAUAGGAAUUGAUUUCAAGAUCAAGACUAUCAAUAUUGACGGUAAAAAUGUGAAACUUUAAAUAUGGGACACAGCCGGUCAAGAAAGAUUCAGAACUAUUACUCAGACAUACUAUAAGGGCGCCAUGGGAAUCAUUCUAGCCUAUGAUUGUACUUCAGAAGAAAGUUUCAACAACGUAAGAAAUUGGGUUAGAUAAAUCGAGGUUCAUGCAAGUUCUAAUGUCGAAAAAAUCCUAAUUGGAAAUAAAGCUGACUUAACAGAUAAGAAAGUUAUAGAAACUGAAUAAGGAAUGGCUCUAGCCAAGGAAUUCGGUAUGGCAUUCUUCGAGACUAGUGCUAGAUCAGGGCAUAAUGUUAAUGAAACAUUCUUCCACAUUUCUAAGUGCAUUAAGGAUAAACAGGUAAAAGCUGCUAUAGCAAACGGUGGAACCCUAGCAAACAAUAAAGGAAAUAAUAAACAAAAUGAUUCAACCAGAGGAUCGAUACUACAAGAACCUUCCAAUAAAAAGUAAAAGAAGAAGAGUGAAUGCUGUAAAUGA